AAAAUAAUCCUGAUCAGGUGUUUUUUUUAUUUUUUAUUACUAAUCCCAAAGUCUUCUGGGAAAAGAUUUCAUGCUGGCAGGUACCGUAGAUUGGCCCCCACAUCCCAGGUGGAUGAGACCCUGUUUGACCUCCACAAACCGCCUAACCACAGCCAAGCACGGGAAGAACAAGAGACCAUCCAGAUCCUCUCCAGAGACCUCAUCCGGACCAUCAGGGUUCCUCGGAAAGAUUGGACGAGAGAAUCCACUGAUCUUUCAUCACCUGAGAUUAAAAGGAUCAUCUCAGAAUCUAAGACGGGUCUCAAGCAGGAGAGAGAAGCCUUUAAGCAAGCUUCUGAGAAAGAGAGAGAAGAAAACCCAGAAGCUGCUGAAAUAAGAAGGAAACAACUCCAGGCUAUAGAACAGUCUAUUGAACAAAACCCAGCAUUGACCGACCUGCAGCUUGAAGCGCAGAUGCGUGAACAACUCAUAGUUGAUCACGCCAACGAGUUAAGGAUGGAGGAAGAGGAAGAAGUUAGAAAGCUCAAUCAACUGAUCUUGGGCGCUCAGUGCCAAGCCACAUGGGACAACCAGAUUCAGGAAAAGAAAGUGAUCCGGGCCGAGCAGAGCGAGGAGGAGAAGCGUCUGGACAAUAUGAUGGAGAUGGAGCGACGCAAAGCUCUGGAGAUUAUAAAGAAGAUUGAUGAGCUGCGCAGAGAGCAGAAAAUCAAAGGACAUCAGCAAGUGUACAACCAGAUCCAAGAACGUAUGGAGGAAAAACAAAAUCUAAUUAUGAUGAAAGAGGCUGAAAAAGAUCAGAUAAACAAGGAGCACGAGCGAAAGAUGCUGGAGGAGCUCCAGGCCCAAGAGCAGAAAAGGAAGGAGCAGCAGCUUCUGCAGGAGGAGAUCAAGCGAGUCAAUGCUGAGGUCCUACGGGCCAAGGAGAAGCAGCUAGAAGAGGAGAAGCUGGCUGACAAGAGAGCUGCAGAAUACCUGGAACAGAAACUGAAGCGGGAGGAAGAAUAUGAAGCAGAGCAGAAAAGGCUCAAAAAGGAGAAGGAGAUGGACAUCGCUCGGCUGAAGGACAUGCAGGAAAAAGAACGUGACAUCAAGGCUGAGCAGGACGAGAAGCGUGCUCGGAGGAACCAGGAGGUCGCAGACAGACAGUGGAGGAUGAAGCAGAGAGAGCUGGCAGCAAAGAAGGCCCGCGAGGAAGCCAAUCUUAAGGCGGCUCGCUUGGAGCAGAUUAAAAACAAAGAGCACAACCUGUCAAUGGAGCAAAGACGGGAAGAGGCUGCACUUGAGAGGAUACUGAAGUCUCAGCAGGAGGCCGUGGCGAAGGAGAAGGAGCUGAAGGAGAGGCAGCUUCAGGAAACGUUGCAUCACGCAGAGACCCUUCGUCAUCAGAUAAAGCUGCAGGAGCUCUCUGCUCUCAACAUGCGCCGGGAAAAGUUCAAGGAGGCCAAUCGGCUGAUGGAGGAAGAGCGGCAGAGACGUCUGCGGCUCACUGAGGUCAAAGAAAAGAAACUCAAGGAGCUGAAAGCUACAGGGAUCCCUGAAAAAUACUGCAGUGGGCUGGAAAGAAAGAUCCGAAAAACAGUCAAAGAUUUAGAUACAGCAAAGAUCUGAGGUUCAUCCAGUUUUAUUUCAGAGCAAAUCAACUACUUCAGAUACUGAUCUUUUAUGAAGCACAUCUAUGUGAAAUAUGCAUUGAUUUAAACUGCAUCUUAAUAAAUGUAGAUGUCAUUGAAAAGUUUGUUUAUUGCUGUACUUGGAUCUGACAAACAUUUAAUUAUAAAGGGAUAUGUUUAACAUUUUUAUUUCUCUUCAUUUUAUUAAUGGUUUUA